AUGUCUCGGAGCUGCGUCUUAGUUCUCGCACUCAUCGUUUUGGCGGCAGUGUGCACGCUGCCAGUGUCCAACGCCCAGGCUUUGUCGCAGUAUGACGGUAACACGGUGGCCGAGAGCCAGGGCUGGGACGCUCUGGGCGGCCUCUACGCGCUACUGGCCCAGCACGACGCGCUGGACGGUCACGCGCUCGCCCGGAAGUCGGUGCGCUCGCCUUCCCGCCGCCUGCGCUUCGGCCGCCGCUCGGACCCCGACAUGCCCGCCCAGGCUCCGCUCGACGAGAUGGAGGAGAUGGUUAUGCGCGAGGUGCGCAGCCCCGUCCGCCUACGCUUCGGCCGCCGCUCCGACGAGCGCGCCGUGCCCCACAUCUUCCCCCAGGAGGAACAAGACCGUGCCGUGCGUGCUCCUUCUAUGCGCCUUCGUUUCGGCCGUCGCUCUGACAACAACAUGUUCUUGCUGCCUCUAGAGUCUACCUUGCCCAAGGAGGUGAAAUCCACCGGCUCCGUGGAAGACGACAGACAACAGAAC